AGAGAAGAAGGGAAGGGCAAGGAAGGUGGGGCAAGGAAGACAACAGGAGGCCGCCAGCCCCUGCUGACUGGGAGGCAGCUGGGAAGGCCAGCCUUCUACGGUUGCCAAGCAACCAGCAUAAACAGCGCAGGAUCAUGGCCACUAACUACAGUGCCAACCAGUAUGAAAAAGCCUUCUCACCCAAGUAUCUGCAGAACUGGUCUCCUGCCAAGCCAACUAAAGAGAGAAUCUCUUCCCAUGAAGGCUACACCCAGUUUAUCGCCAAUGACCGUGGUCACCUGCUGCCCUCGGUGCCCCGUUCCAAGGCAAGCCCCUGGGGUUCCUUCCUGGGCACAUGGCAGAUGCCUCUGAAGGUCCCCCCUGCCCGGGUGACCCUGACUUCCCGGACAGCUGCUGCUGCUGACUCCCUCACCACGUGGAUACAGAAAAACCCGGACUUACUCAAGGCCUCGAAUGGGCUGCGCCCUGAAAUCCUCGGCAAGCCCCAUGAUCCAGACAGUCAGAAGAAACUCAGGCAGAAGUGUGUCACAAAGACGGUAAAGCAAGCACCAAGUGCCACCAUAAUUCCAAGCUCUCCAGCUGCCAACCUCAACUCUCCAGAUGAGCCCCAGAGCCCCCACCCCUCUGCAGGUCACACACCAGGCCCCCAAAGCCCAGCCAGCUGUCCCAAGAGCCCCCCCGGAAGCCCUUGCGUGCAGGAGAACUGAGCAGGUCCUCACCCA